AAAGGUGGGUAAUGUAAAGCAUGUCCUCCUUUCCUCAUCAACUACCGCUGACAAAUCCGCGUCUGCCCACCCAAUUCUGAUCCCAGAAAUUCAAACCUCCGCAAUAUUCCCUUAAAUUUCGAAAUGCAUUCCAUUUCUGUGUGUGUCAGUUGGCUUCUUGUCAAAUUUCAACUGACGUUUCUAACUGUUUAAAGGACUUGUUGAAUCUUUUGGUUUUCUGGGAACGACAGUGUGGACAAGGAACUUCACAGGCAUUCAGAGACACCUGCAGGGAUGGCAUCUGAUCUAGAGAGCACCCUUUCCAGAAAAUAUGUGGGAAUUCAAUUGUGGGUAUUAAUAACUAUAUGUUUGGGACUAGUAUGUGUAGUAAUACUAGCGCUCUGCCUAUGGCUUAGUUUUAGAAAGAAAUCCAGGAGAGCAAAUAGCUUGCUUCCGAUAACCCAAACUCCCAUCAUUCCAGAAGAAAUCAAAGAAAUUCGAGUUGAUCAAGUGUCAGCCAGAAAUAUUGGCUCUAAUAUCUUUGCUGAUAAAUUAGGUGAUAAAGAAUCGGAGAAGGUUUUGAUCAAUCUUAAAAACUGUGAUGAUGGUGACGAAUCAGGUCCAUUUAAUAAUUUAGGAAAAGAUGAUGUUGGGCCUAAAUUGGCAGAAGAGGGAACCACUGGGGCAUCUUUGACCGUAAGGCCUUCAUCACAUCCUUUAUCAGCAUCUUCUCCUCUGUCCGGCCUGCCUGAAUUCUCUCAUUUGGGCUGGGGUCACUGGUUUACACUAAGAGAUCUACAAAUAGCGACAAACCGUUUUUCUAAAGAUAAUGUCAUUGGUGAUGGUGGAUAUGGAGUUGUUUACCGAGGCCAGUUGAUUAAUGGAACUCCUGUUGCUGUCAAGAAGCUCCUUAACAAUCCAGGACAAGCAGACAAAGAUUUUAGAGUUGAAGUUGAGGCUAUUGGGCACGUGCGGCAUAAAAAUCUUGUUCGGCUUCUGGGUUACUGCAUGGAAGGAACACAGAGGAUGUUGGUGUAUGAAUACGUUAACAAUGGCAAUCUAGAGCAAUGGCUCCAUGGAAAUAUGCGACAGUCUGGACAUCUCACUUGGGAGGCUCGCAUGAAAAUUGUGCUUGGCACUGCUAAGGCGCUCGCUUAUUUGCAUGAGGCAAUUGAGCCAAAAGUGGUGCAUCGGGACAUAAAAUCCAGUAAUAUAUUGAUCGACGACAACUUUGAUGCUAAGAUAUCUGAUUUUGGUUUGGCCAAGUUGUUGGGUGCCGGAAAAAGUCACAUUACAACCCGAGUUAUGGGCACCUUCGGUUAUGUUGCUCCAGAAUAUGCCAAUUCUGGACUUCUGAAUGAGAAGAGUGACAUUUAUAGCUUUGGCGUUGUGCUCUUGGAAGCAAUUACAGGAAGAGAUCCAGUGGAUUAUGCACGGCCAGAGAAUGAGGUGAAUCUGGUUGAAUGGCUAAAGAUGAUGGUUGCAAGAAAGCACUCAGAAGAGGUUGUAGACCCUAUCCUUGAAAACAGACCAUCAACAAGUGCCCUCAAGCGUGCUCUUUUGACUGCCCUGAGAUGUCUUGAUCCAGAUGCUGAGAAAAGACCGAAAAUGAGCCAAGUUGUUCGCAUGCUUGAGUCUGAGGAGUAUCCUUUACCUCGAGAGGAUCGCAGACGAAGGAGGAAUCAAGCAGGAAUCACAGAGACUGAGGAUUCUGAUGCGGAGAAGAGUGACAAUCCUGAAUCAAGGUUGAACAGCAGAAGAAACAGCAAUGCAUAGGCAAAGAUUAAGGGCAGUCGGGAAAUUAAGGUUGCAUUGAGUUGGAGGAAUCAUAAUAUUACUUGUUUGAUUUCUCAGUAUCUGCUUUAUACAUAGAAUGUUGGAGAGAAGAUAGUUUUGUGUUUGAAAGUGAGAUUGGUAUAGGACACCCUUUCCAGUGGUGUGUACAUGAUUUUGUGCUUAUUGUUUCCGGUGGUGGUUGUUUUUUUUUUUUUUUGGGGUGAUUGGGCCUUUGCACUGAGAGAAUUGCUAAUGAAUAUUUAAUCACAAAACAUAAUUCAUUUUACUGUACAUAUGAGGGGAGCUAUUUCACUUGUGGGUUGUACCCCUUUUUUUCCAAUGUGUUGCCUCAUCAAAAA